AUGACUUCCAAAAUCUUGUUCAGGUUAUCGAACCUCGGAGAGCCUGUGAACAACGAGAAUGUUAACAAUGGUGUAUUAAGUUUACCGUCAAAUGAUUACCCAAAGAAUUACAAACCGGGGGACCCCAUAUUUGACUUGCAAUUCCAAUUGAAUGCUGCAAGUAAAGUGGCAAGAAAGGGAGUCUUCCAUACUAAUGCACCACCGUCGUACAAAGACGAGUUUGAUAGAUACAAAUAUUAUGAUUACUCAAUUGAAUCUUCAUUUCAUCAAGACAUUUCUUUUACCAUCCCAUUGUACAAGCCAGGAGCUUAUAACUACUACAUUUCAUACGAAGAUGAGAAUGGUUGUGACAAAGAGACUGAAAAGUUUUAUUACAAUGUUCCCCCUCACUUAGCUAUCGAUGGUAAAUAUGUUCCAUUCAACGCAAUUAAUGUGGAGACGGUGAUUUCCAAGUGGAUUGGACUGUACGAUCGCUGGCCAAAGCUUUUUGAAAACAUAAAAGCAAAGGGAUAUAACAUGAUCCAUUUUACGCCAUUGCAAGAACGAGGUGAAUCAGAUUCUCCUUAUUCGAUUUAUGAUCAAUUGAAGUGGGAUCCCGAAAUUUUUUCUGACCAAAAGAAAGCUGUUGAGCAGAUUCAUAAAGUAUUGAACGAGAAUGGUUUGCUAAGCUUGACAGAUGUUGUUUGGAACCAUACUGCUAACAAUUCUGAGUGGUUGAAAGAUGCACCAGAUUCGGGUUACAAUGAAUACACUGCCCCACAUUUGAUACCAGCAAUUGAAUUGGAUGGAGCAUUGUUGGAGUUUAGCAAAAGGUUGGUAGAAUUGAAUUUGCCCACUACCAUUGAAAAUGAAUCAGACUUGGGCAAAAUUAUGGAGGGUAUCAAGUCUCAGGUUUUAGAUAGUUUGAACCUUUGGGAGUACUACGUUUUCAACAGGGAGAAGACGUUGUCCGACUUGGAAGAGAUAUUCAACAAACAAAAGUCAUCCAUCAAGAGCAUCAAGAUACCAGACAAUGUUGACAUAAAUGAUCUUAAACUGCUAUCGCAAUUUGUUUUAGAUAUUGCAAAUAUACACUCCAAAACGAUAUUGGGUCACAGAUUUGAGAAUAAAUUAGAUUCCAAAAAGUUUUUAGCCGUUUUGUUUGCAUUGUAUGAUGGUAAUACCAUUGACGCAGGUACCAUCGUCAACAAGGCUGGAGAGAUUGUUGAUCAAAUCAAUGAGCCUUUGUAUAGGGAUUACGACGAUGACUUGAAGACAAUUCAGCAACAAAUCGCUGAUAGAAUUAGAUUUUUGAGAUUAGCUGACAAUGGGCCCAAAUGGGGAAAGGUCACGACAAAGCUACCAUUAACGGAACCUUACUUUACGAGGUUUACUGAUAAAGAUGGCAAGAAGCAAGCCUUGGCCAAUAACGGGUGGAUUUGGGGCGGGAACCCCUUAGUAGAUUUUGCAUCCGAUAAAUCCAAAGCCUACUUGAGAAGAGAGGUAAUUGUAUGGGGCGAUUGUGUCAAGUUGAGAUACGGUUCAAAGUAUGAGGAUUCUCCUCAAUUGUGGGACAGAAUGAUUGAGUACACCAGAGAAAUGGCGAAGGUGUUUACCGGGUUCAGAAUUGACAAUUGUCAUAGUACUCCAUUACAUGUUGGGGAGAGAUUGUUGGAUGAGGCAAGAAAGGUGAACCCAAACUUGUAUGUCAUUGCUGAACUAUUCUCUGGAUCCGAGCAAAUGGAUAAAAUUUUUGUUGAGAGGUUGGCAAUUAACUCGUUGAUAAGGGAAGCCAUGCAAGCUUGGAGUGUUGGUGAGUUGUCAUCAUUGGUGCACAAACAUGGUGGAAGACCAAUUGGUUCGUUGACAUGGUUACCAUUAAGUGACUUUUCGUACCCAGCAGAGAAGGAGCCGGAAUUGCGCAAAACAAAAGAGGGUUACACGGAGUUGGAUAUUCCGCAAGUUUUAACCAGCACUGCACCUCAUGCAAUAUUUAUGGACUGUACACAUGAUAAUGAGACACCGGCCCAAAAAAGAACUGUUGAAGAUACUUUGCCCAAUGCUGCACUCGUGGCGUUUUGCUCAUCAGCCAUUGGUUCCGUAUAUGGCUACGAUGAAUGUUAUCCUCACUUGCUCAAUGUUGUGAGUGAAAAGAGAUUGUACGAUUUAGAUGAUACUAAUGGAAUUGUCAAAGUGAAGGCACAAUUGAAUGGCAUUCGUAAGCAACUUGCUGAAGAAAGUGAAGACAUUUCUCGUGACCACGAAAUGUAUAUUCAUCAUGAAGGGCAGUACAUUACUAUUCAACGUUACAAUGCGAGAACAGGAAAGGGAUGGUUCCUCAUUGCUAGAAGCAAAUUCUAUGAAAACGAAACUGAACAGAUUUUGUCUCCCUCCAUUCUCGGUGGGACCAAGGUUAAGCAUGAGUUUAGUUACACAUUGAAGAAAACAGGUGACUACGAAAAGGACGACAAGUUUUUGAGAGGAAUUCCUGUUGAAGUGGUUGAUAUUGAAGUACCACAUGUUGAGUUCACCAAUGGUGACAGCAUCAUUCAGGUCAACAAUAGUUUCAUACCUGGUUCGAUAUCAGUUUUCUCCACAGAAAUUCCAGGUGUUGAUAUCAAACUAGAUGAGUACGUCAGGCAAGGUGCGCUUGAGGCAUCCUUAGGCUUGGACUUGUAUGACUUGAAUGCUUUGCUUUACAGAAGUGCUCCAGAGGAGUUGGAUGCUAGCGGAGGCAAUGAAAGCGUUUACAAUAUACCGCUGUAUGGAGAUCUAGUUUAUGCUGGUCUUGAAGGUUGGCAGACCGCGUUGAAGCAUGUAGUCUGGUCCAAUAACCUUGGUCACCAGAUCUGCAACCAUUUACGUGAUGGAGCUUGGGCGUUGGAUUAUGUCGUGCAAAGGUUGGACAAGUAUGCAGCAAAGUCAGAAAAUUUGCGUAAAUUUCAAGAGUGGUUGAAGGACCGUUUUGAUGCAGUUAAGAAGGCACCUUAUUACUUGAGACCUCACUAUUUCUGUUUGAUUGUUGGUAUUGCAUAUGAAGCAGCUAGGUUCAGAGUGUUGAGGCAACUAAGCAAGCCAAUUCAGCAAGCAACUAAUUUCGUGCAAAGUUUGGCAUUGACAAGUGUGCAAAUGACAGGAUUUAUGAACAAUACCUCCCUUGUACCAGACAGGUCGGUUGCUUGUUUAGCAGCAGGAUUGCCUCAUUUCAGCAACGACUAUAUGAGAUGUUGGGGAAGAGAUGUGUUUAUUUCCUUUAGAGGCCUCUUGAUUGUCCCUGAGAGAUAUGAAGAUGCAAAAGAGCAUAUACUUGGAUUUGCCAAGACAUUGAAGCAUGGGUUGAUUCCGAAUCUCUUGGAUGCAGGGAGAAACCCCAGGUACAAUGCAAGAGAUGCUGCUUGGUUUUUCUUACAAGCGAUCCAAGAAUACGUGCUUCAUGUGCCUAAUGGAAUAAAGAUUUUAGAUGCAAAGGUUAGCAGACGAUUCCCCUUGGAUGAUAGGUAUGUUACUUUUGACGACCCUCUUGCUUUCAGCUAUGAGACGUCUAUCAAGGAUAUUAUUUUUGAAAUCCUCCAACGUCACGCAAAGGGAAUAAAGUAUAGAGAAGCAAAUGCAGGACCGAAUCUUGACUCACAAAUGAAGGACGAAGGUUUCAAUGUGCAGGUGGGAAUUGACUGGGAGUCUGGUUUUGUACACGGUGGUUCACAAUUCAAUUGUGGUACUUGGAUGGACAAGAUGGGUGAAAGUGAACGUGCUCACAAUAAGGGAGUACCUGGAACACCAAGAGAUGGAGCUGCUGUUGAAUUGCAAGGUUUGCUCAAGAGUGCAUUGAGAUGGGUUAUUGAGUUGAACAAACAGGGCAAGUUUGAUUACACUGAGGUUGAAAAGGAGAAUGGAGAGAAGAUCGCUUUCAAAGAUUGGGAAAAGUUGUUGCAAGACAAUUUUGAGAAACGAUUCUUUGUGCCAGAAAACGCAAGUGAUGACGAGAAAUACGACGUUGACUCUUCAUUGGUAAACAGACGUGGUAUUUACAAAGACUUGUACCAUACAGGAAAACCCUAUGAGGAUUACCAAUUGCGUCCAAAUUUCCCAAUUGCAAUGUGUGUGGCACCGGAAUUGUUCACACCAGAGCUAGCAUUGACUGCAAUAAACAAUGCUGAUAGAAUCAUCAGAGGUCCAGUUGGUAUGAGAACAUUGGAUCCACUGGAUUACAACUAUCGCCCAUAUUACAAUAACUCCAUCGACAAUGAUGACUUUGCUACAUCUAAAGGUCGCAACUACCAUCAAGGACCAGAGUGGGUAUGGAACUAUGGGUACUUUUUGAGAGCGUUUUUGUAUUUCCAUUUUGCCACCAACAAUGAAGGAAGCAAAGCUCGUACGCCAUCGAUAGAAUUGUUUACAUUGCUCAAUGACAGGAUUCAGUACCAUAUGCAAUGGAUUAAGGAGAGUCCUUGGGCAGGAUUGACCGAGUUGACGAACAAAGACGGUGAUUUGUGUAAUGAUUCUAGUCCAACUCAAGCGUGGAGUAGCUCGUGCUUAUUAGACUUGUAUUACGAUUUAUGGAAAGUCGAGAAGUAUCAAUAG